AUGAAGGAGGAAUUAAAAAUAGUAUCAAUAAAUGGUUUCAUAAAGAGACAAAGGAUACAAUGGCUAGGACAUGUCAUGAGGCGGAAUUCUGAUGCAGUAACCAAAAUGGUACUGAAUUGGAAACCAGAAGGAAAAAGGCCACGGGGUCGUCCUCGGAAGAGAUGGUUGGAUGUUGUAGAAAAGGAUUUGGAAGAUCUUGGAGUGCAGGAUUGGAGGGAGAUUGUGCAGGAUCGUGAUAAGUGGAGUGAUUUGGUGAUGGCGGCGGAAACUCUUGGAGAGUUAUAA